UACAAAGAGUUACUUCAUAUGAAACUCCAAACAAUGAGGUAACUUUUUUUUCGGAAAUUAAAAUUAAUGUUUAUCUAGUUCUUGAUUCAGUUUUGAGUUGUCAAGUAAUUUUGGAAGAUGUUAUACAUAUUUAGGCUUGCCUUCCUAAUUUUUGUUGUACUUGCACAGACUGACACAACUCCAUUUCAUGAGACGGCUUCCAGACAAGGUGAAGCCAAUGCAGAUCAAGCAGAUGAACAACUUAACAAUGAGGCAAGUAUAAUUUUGAAAACUGUUGGUAUUUAUAAAAUUAUGAAUUUGGUACGUGUUCAUAAUCCCAUUCCUGACUUCAGGAUACACGAGAGCCUAUGAAUGAGAUCACGAAAGAGACACCUGGUUCUCCAAUAGCUCAACAGAAUAUUGAGACUCCAGUCCUUACUCCAAUUCAGACGCAGCAGGAGACUCACGAGCUUAUGAAUGAGAUCAUUUCACCAAACAUUUCCGACACACAGCCAAAUACCCGAGCUCGCAGAAAUCUUUUAACAGAGCAAAAUAAGGAUGUAGAAAGCAGAGUUCAAAAUCCCUUUGAGAUCGGAGCAAAUGUGGAGAUUUCAUCACAAGAUGACAAUACUUGUCAUAAAUGGUAUCCAGGAAAUGUGUUGGCAACAUAUUUGGUUGAUGGGGUUGAGAUGGUGAAAGUUGAGUACUUCGUCCCGUCUCUGGACGAAAAGAAGAGGAAAAGGAGUGUUGAGACACGUGUAUCAAUUGACAGAAUACGUCCUCAACCACCACCUGAGAGAUCUGGAGCGAAGAAAAGUUAUGAGCUAAUGCAGGACGUGGAGGCGUUCGACAAUGGUGCCUGGUGCGCUGGAAAAGUUAAAGUCAUUUUGUUUGAUGGCUCGUGUUUUGUCUCUUUGAACAAUUCUAAAGAACAAAUUUACUUCCACCAUUCUGAGAUGCGAAAACCAAGAAAAUGGGUAGAUGGUGUUUGGGAGAUGACAAAAAAGAUGGAAGAAGAGCAGACGCAGAGUGUGAAUCCAAGUGAAGGAGAUGGUGAUAAAAAGGUAUGAAAUAUUUAUACAUCAUACUAGGAAUUAAGAUAUAAAUGUAUCUGAAUUUUUGUCAUUCAAAAAGGGGAAGGCGAAGGCUGUCGCUUGUAAGAAAAAUGAAGCAGCUGGUCC